CUCAUCCACAAACUAUUGUCUCCGUAUUAAUUUGCUUGUUUUCUUUAAGUGUUUGAGAGAGAAAAUUAGAUAUUUCCUGUAUCAGCUAGCCAUGCUUGAAGGAAAAGCAGUGAUUGGGGAGACUGAUAUGCUCCAAACCAUGCAGCAAGAUGCCCUUGAGCUUGCAGCAAAAGCUCUUGACAUUUUCGAUGUCACUGAGGCCACUGAAAUCGCCCGCUCCAUUAAAAAGGAAUUUGAUGGAACAUAUGGGCCUGGGUGGCAAUGCAUUGUAGGGACAGAUUUCGGUUCGUUUGUGACCCAUUGCUCUGGGUGUUUCAUCUAUUUUUCCGUAGGCAGCCUUUCAAUUUUGCUCUUCAGGGGCUCUGCGGGUCAAGAAGCUGAGACUAACCAGUUUCCAGCCUUUGAGCCAGUGAAAGCAUGAUAGUUUCUUCUCAUUUACUGCUGUUCUUGUAUCCUAUGUCUUCGUUGUGAAGAAAGAUGUUUAAGGAAUCCAAUAUUCUAACGCCCAUGCACCAAUCUUUAUUUUCA